GUUCUUUAUAUAGUAAAUUGAAAUUAAAGAAGAGACUCGCCACAGUUCGCCAAAAACAAAAUUGACGAAUACCUCCAAAAGCCCCGGAAAACUACAGGGUACUUGACGAAAUCUUCUCCGCCCUUCCGCAAAGUUGAGUUUCUGUGACUUCAGCCUCCUUCCAGACAGUCAAGAUGAAUACCAUGACAAUCUCAAGCAUGCAUUUCUUCGGCCACGCCGCCCUGUUGAAAACCAUGAUAUUUACUGGUGUUGCGGACAACAUUCUGAGGGACCCUUGGAAUCCUCUAGUCUUGCCACCCGCAACUCUUUCUGUUCCACACAUAUCCGUACAGUGGACCUCUCUCGGCCAUCCCACCGACCUGGCGCCAUUGACCUUAUUCAAUAUCCACAACGACAACAGUACUCCCAACUUCGUCACUGACAAUCCCUACCACAAGCUCAGCCACUCUUCCAGAUGCGCAGACCAGCGUACCAGCAGUACUUGCGAUAAUAGACACAUAAAAAGUGGAUUUCAGCUUCACUUCCCCAGAUGUCCAAACGACAACUUGCGCCAUUCGCAACACGAAGAUCCCUGGCUAGGUUAACCGAAUGAAGGACUACAACCGUGACCUACCAGUCUACCCCUUUUUGCGUUCGC